CGACAAACUUGAGCGCAAUAGAAGUUUGUACAGUGCAUGGAAUUAGUAAAGAUGCAAAAACGAAACUACUAAUAUAUGCUCUCAAAAUGGCAUCGGGUGACAGUGAUGGUGCAGCUAAAUCUGAGAGCAGCAUGUCUAUGCCCAUGUGGCUGACAGUCAAAAGUUUAAAGGCAAAGUUCCCUCAAGUCCGAAACUUGAGCACUGACUUGCUCUACCAGUGGCUCAACUGCCCCACAGGAGGUGGAGAAGCGGGCUCAGAGCAGCAAGUGAUACUUUUGGAUGCACGUGACAAAGUUGAAUAUGAUGUCAGUCAUUUACCUGGUGCCAUUUUAACAGAGCCUGGAAAAUCAAACAUUACUGAGCUAGUACAAUUUAUUAAUGAGCAGUGCAACAAGAAACCAUGCAAAGCAAUAGUUUGCUACUGUUCCCUUGGCUACAGGUCUUCUUCACUGGCAGAGAAACUGAAAACAGCUAUGGAUUCUGAGGCCAAAGGCACUGUUUUCAGUGAACUGCCCAUUUAUAAUCUUGAAGGCAGCAUAUUUAAGUGGGCUAAUGAAAGAAAACCUAUGAUUAACUCACAUAACAAACCAACAGUAUAUGCUCAUCCAUACAAUUCAGUUUUUGGAAAACUGCUGGAGCAUUCCCUUAGGAAAUCUAGUUUUGACUCAUGUUAUGAAGAGUCUGAAGUAAGGAAAGUCAACAAGUCUUAGCAGUGGUAACAUGGCUCAUGAAUUGGGUAAAUAAUGAUAGAUCUUGGACACAUUGCACAAGAAGAGGGACUUAUGUAAUGUUAUUUUAUGUGAUUUUUACAACAUAUCUAAUCUUAUGAAGUAAUGCAUAAGUGAGUAAGAGAGUGCAUGUUAAAAGUUCAUACAGAAGAAAAUGUUUGAAUUCCAUCACAUUCGUCUUUGAAAAUGUAAAAUUAAAAUAAAAAAGCAUAGCAUGACACCAGCACAAAAUUAAUUAUGGCUUGCAGUGUCAAUAAUUAUUUGCAGCAAAUGUGAUAUUUAGUGAUAAUCAUUGAUAGUUUGAUUAGGUAGCAUCAGUGUGUGUGUGUGUGUGUGUG